UCUUCCUCUUCUACUUCUUGACCAUGAAGACUCAAUUGCCAUUUUUGCAGCGUCGCGGAGCCUCAAUCUAUCAAUCAAUCGGUCGCUCGCUUGAUUGUUCCACGGCUUGUCUCAUCGAAGAAUUCUUUGCCGAUCUUUUGUUGGGUAUCGGAGGAACAGAACCCACAACUUUGUUUUUACAGGAAAAGUUCCGAUCGUCCCCGCAGUGCAAUUCGAUGGGAGGGCUCACGCUCGACCUCAGACCAGGGGCGGGCCUGGGUGCCUUCAAUCUCGGGAUGCCGGUAUGUGAGGCCUUGACCUACGUUGAGCAGCACAGGGCGUUGUUCGAUGUUGUGCACGUGAAAUAUGAUGACGAGGAGAUUGUGAAGCGUGAGCGUGUGCAGGAACCUUUGCAAAUGGAUUUGGUCCUCAGCUUUCCCGAGCACGGUUUUCAUCUACGGUUCGAAUCCCAGUCCCAGCGGCUGAGGCUGAUAGAAGUGUAUGAUGUGCAACGUUUACACCUGCGCUAUGCCACUUCGUCCAUUGGGGGUCCUAAUAUUUCAGCUACAUUUGUAGCGGUUUACGCACUCUUUGGACCAACUUUCCCAGGCGUAUACAACAAGAAGCGAAGCAUUUAUACCUUAUUUUAUCCUGGUUUGUCGUUUGCUUUCCCGAUCCCUGCACAGUAUACAGAAUGUUGCCAACACCGGGAAGCGGAGUUGCCGUUGGAGUUCCCAGAUGGUACCACCCCAGUUAUGUCUCGAGUAUUCGUUUAUGAUAGCGCAGUCGGAGGUGGAGUUGGUGUCGGUGCUCCCCUUAAAAUUGCUUUACCGCCUCAGCUUCCGCCUGGUAGCUUGUACAUGGAAGAGGUUCAUGCCAAGUUGGCAGAAGAGUUGUGGUUCACAGGUGGCGGUCAGCAUCUGCCAUUUGGUGCAUCUCCACAGGACGUUUGGGCAGAGUUGGGCCGCCCAUGCGGCAUACAUCAGAAGCAGGUUGAUCCAAUGGUGAUCCAUUCCGCCUCAGACCCAAGACCUCGCACUGCACUUUGCGGUGAUUAUUUUUACAACUAUUUCACAAGAGGCAUUGACAUCUUGUUUGAUGGACAGACCCAUCGAAUCAAAAAGUUUGUACUCCACACUAACUUUCCAGGUCACACAGAUUUCAACUGUUACAUCAAGUGCAACUUCUACAUUCAUGUUCCCCAAAGUCAUGGUGAGGAAAUCGAUAAAGCUGCUUGCGGUGAUGGUUUUCAAAGGGUUAUUACUGCUGACACCAAAUGGAGUGAAGUACAGGGGCUACUCGGUGAUGGAGGCCGUGCUGCAAUUCAAACGCAAGGAUCUGUCAGCAAUCCAUUUGGUCCAACAUUUGUGUAUGGCUACCGCAAUAUCGCAUUGGAGGUAAUGAAGAAUGGGCACAUUGCAACUGUAACUUUGUUCCAGAGCUAUGUAUAACCCUCUUUUACUUUUGCAACACGAAAUUUUUUUCUGCUGGGAUGAUAGCAGUGUAAGGUUUCAUGUAGAAAUUGUACAGCACAUGCCUAGAUAGUUUGUUACCCGUGAAGAGCUUUUGCGACUAUUUUUUUUCUAGUUGGUCAGGCGAGAGCUUCUGACGAUAAUGCAUGAAAGGGAUAAGUGCCUGAUUUUCAAGGUUGUAAAUGAGCUUAAUGAUGCUCUUUGCUGUACCUUACGUAAGUUGCUCACUAGAAAAGGACGUCUGUCUACAGCCUCUUUCAUCUUAUUCAAAUAUGUGUAGUUAAACUCUGAUUGAUAGUCGGGAGGGGUAGGGUAAGUGAUAGAUUACAUUAAUUUCAUUGGAAGUGCUCAGCUGGCAGUUCCUUCGAUUUGAAGGGAAUAAACCUCCAUUUGGUAUGUUGUGAACUUCA